AUGGGUGAUGAUAACAAUUCAUCCAAAACUUCUGCCAAUAAGAAAGAAAGAGUUCGACGAUCAAGAUUAAUCAUCAAUGGAGUUGCAGGUCUUCUAGGUUUAACAUGGAAGAUGGUAAUGCUCCCGAUUACUAUAACUGGUGCUAGUGUAGGGUUAAUUACCGGGGUAAUUGGGUUGGGUUUUUGGGUGGCUGGUGGUGUUUUGUCUUAUUCGUUAAGCAUUAUCGGCGUAAUUAGUCCUGGACGUAACCGAGAAUCAUCGCUGAUUCAACCGGCGGUGGCUAGGGCACCGGAAGCCAUUGAGAAUCGGUUUGGUAAAUCUGAACGUAACCAAGCAUCAUCGGCUAUUCCUCCUGUUUCAGUGUCGGAGGCGGCGUCUGGGGCAUCGGGAGCCAUUGAUUUAUCGUCGGAAUUCGAGAGUUGGAAUGGUAAAUCUGGAGGCACUCGAGAAUCAUCGCCGAUUCCGCCGGUUUCAGUUUCCGAGGACGCAGCUGGGCCAUCGGAAGCCACUGAUUUCUUGUCGGACUUCGAGAUUCUGUAUGGUAAACGGCAUCCGAAUUUCGUUCCCGACGGUUUUACAGAAGCAGUACAGCGAUCGAGGCGUGAGUUUAAGCUUUUGUUUGUGUACUUGCACUCGCCGGAGCAUCCUGAUACGCCGGAAUUCUGUUCGGUGACUCUGUGUUCGGAAAUUAUAUCAGCAUUCAUAAACGAGAAUUUUGUUUCUUGGGGUGAUAGUAUCAACGCAAAUGGAGGACAUAAGAUGAGCAGAAGCUUGAAGGCUUCUAGGUUUCCUUUCUGGGCGGUGAUAAUGGCUGCCGCCGGCCAGAGUAUUUCUUUACUCCGGCAGUUUGAGGGACCUGCAUCACCUGAAGAAAUGCUUACAGAGUUGCAGAGUGUUCUUGAAGAGAGUACCCCAGCUUUUGUUGCAGCAAGACUCGACACCGAAGAACAUAGAAACAACACACGACUGAGCGAAGAACAAGAUGCUGUAUUCGAAGCCGAUCAAGCUAAAGAUCAUCAGCAGAGGGAAGGCGAAAACCAACUAGAAAGAGAAGCUGCAUUUGCAAAAUCUUUAGGGCCUGAACCUGAAAAAGGACCUGAUGUUACUCAGGUGUUGGUGAGAUUACCGAAUGGAGAGCGAAAAGGAAGGAGGUUUCAUUGUACAACUACGUUACAAUCUUUAUACGACUUUGUGGAUUCUUCGGGCUGUUUAGAAGUUGGAAGUUACAAUCUUGUAACUUUCUUUCCUCGUGUUGUUUACGGUUCAGAUGAACUCUCUUCGACACUAGAAGAACUUGGACUAUACCCUCGUGCCAGUCUUUUUGUGGAGCUAAAUAUGUGAAACUGGCACUUUGUUACUAUAUCAGUGUGAUAUCAUUUGUUUCUAAACAAAGGGAAAAUUCUUUUUGAUUCUGAUUGAAGAUUCGAUUUUUCACUUUUUUUAUGUAAACAAGAUGCUAUUAAGUUCAUAUACAAUGCCAAAUAUGUAAUCAUUUGUGAAGAAAG